UUGGCAUUUGUCUACCUCACGACAACGACAUACAGCUUGGUCGUAUUGUAUGCAAUCACGAGAAACUUCGCUAGCUAGCUAGCUAUUAGAUACAUAGCCUACUACAACAAUCUACCAAAUGUGCUAAUGGUAGGGUUAUGCUAAAUCGGCUCGUGCUUAGAACUUCUUCACAGAGAGAACGUGCGGAAGAAAAGUUACCAUAUGGACUUUUGAAGAAAAGUAGCCGAAAAGUGCAUGUCCAGCAGAGGCGUGGGGUCUCUAGAUUCUAUGGUUUUUGUAUUUGCUUAGCCAUCUCAGAAAUGUCUGGUCGACGCAAGAAGUGUACCUGUUGGAAAAAUCUUAUUUCAUUGCAUUGAGUGCAAUGAAUGUAGCGACCUGGGACAUCUACCAAGAGGUGGUGCAAGAAUAAUAUAAUCAUGGCAGACCUCAGGAUUUACAACGUUGUCAUUCUGGGACUAGGAUUUCUGUUCAUUUUCACUGCCUUCACCACCUGUGGAAACAUUGAACAAACCAUAGUUAAAAGCCUGGACAAUGAUACCUUCACUGGAAGUGGUUAUCACAGCCUUGGAAUCAUCUAUGGAAUGUUUUCCUUUUCAAAUUUGUUAGCUCCAACUGUUGUUGCAAUAAUUGGACCACAGUUUACAAUGUUUUUCAGUGGAAUUCUUUACAGUGGUUACGUAGCUGUAUUCAUCACCCCAUCAACAUGGUCCUUUUACUUCACCUCAGUAGUAAUCGGCAUUGGAGCAGCCAUGCUUUGGACAGCUCAAGGACACUUCCUUGUGGAGAACUCUGAUGCUUCCACCAUCAAUAGGAACACAGGGAUGUUUUGGGCCCUUUUACAGUGCAGCAUGUUAUUUGGCAAUCUUUACAUUUAUUUCGAUUGGAAUGGAAGUACAGAAAUCUCAGAUAGGAGCAGAAAUACUAUCUUUAUAGGUCUGCUGGUCACCUCAGUGCUGGGAACACUCAGCUUCCUGGCUCUGAGAAAGACUAUUCCACCAGAGGAGGAGAUGCUCAACGAGGAGGAGGGCCAGCCUUUGCUCUCAACUCACAUGAUGUAUAAGCAAAGAGCCAACUCUGCAGUACAAGAUGCAAAGUCAGAAUUCAAGACAAUCCUGCAACUGCUCAAAACCAAAACCAUAUUGCUCCUGAGCUGUUGCAUGGCAUACAGUGGUCUGGAGCUGGCUUUCUAUAGUGGUGUGUAUGGGACAUGUAUCGGGGCAACAACAGAGUUUGGAGCGGCAGCUAAAGGCUUGAUUGGGAUCUCUGGAAUCGUGGUGGGGAUUGGAGAGAUAGUUGGUGGAGGCAUCUUUGGACUAGUAUGUAAGAACAACCGCUUCAGACGGACAUCUGUGGUCUUCCUGGGGAUGGUCGUCCAUUUUAUCGCCUUCUACUUGAUCUACCUCAACAUCCCAGAUGAUGCCCCUGUGGUUUUAAAAACUAGCACACUGAACAAGCCAUAUCUGACACCAAGUAUCUCCAUCGCACUGCUGUGUAGUUUCCUGCUUGGACUCGGUGACAGCUGUUUCAACACUCAACUGUACAGCAUCUUGGGGCGUGUUUAUGCUGAGCAAAGCGCGCCUGCUUUUGCCAUCUUCAAAUUCAUCCAGUCCAUUUUUGCAGCAGUGGCCUUUUUCUACAGUGGCUACCUGCUGUUGACAUGGCAACUGCUCCUUAUGGUCAUCCUGGGCUUCAUUGGAACACUCUGCUUCUUCAUGGUGGAAAGAAUAAAGAACUUCUCUGUAGACCUACAACAAGAGUAUUAGGACCCGUCGUGUGUUAGACUUACAUUUCUAGGUUUUUUAACAGGAAAGCUACUUUGCACCUUCACUGUCUUAGCUUUAACUUAUCUUGCACAACACACUAAUAAUAUUAUGAAUAAAUAAUAUGCCAUUUAGCAGACACUUUUAUACAAAGCGACUUACAGUCAUGCGUGCAUACAUUUUUUAUGUACUUUUUUAACUACAGAGAGGUUCCUAUAGGAUUGUGUAUGUGUAAUAUAAGUUGUAACCACUCACCUGAUGUAUUAGCUGUCUUUAUGAUUGCUCUCAGGGUUGUUAUUUAAGUCUCAUUGUUGCAUAUUCUGUGGUAGUGUGAUUAUACGUCAUACAUUUCGUAACUUGAUUAAAUUGUUUUUAGAUGUUUAUUAGAAUGUAAGAUCCAUACGAAACAGAAGACAUGUAAAUAUUGAGGCUUAUUGAAUGAUUUUACAGUUUGAGAAAAUAUGUAAUAAGUGACAAAAACAUGCUAGCUAUGUAUGGAAAAUGCUGUGUUGAAAUGUGUAUAGAUAGACUAGGUUUGAACAAUUUUGUCUAUGACAAUUCUCAACAUCCACCAUGCCAAAGCUUGCGAGAGCUAUCCAGUGAUGUUUUGGAAAGAAUUUAGCCUUGUAAUAAUACAAUUACUGUACAACUUAUUGUCAGUGAGCAUGUAGAUGUAGUAGUAGAGUAGUUUAAAAACACAUCCAUAUGCAUGAACAUUUAUGGCAUCCUUUUACUUACAUUUGACAUGUUUUCAGUCCUACAUACUAAGUGCCUGCUAAUGUUUUGGUGGUUUGUAUCUGUUAUAAAGCGAUGUCUACUAUUGUAAA